GAAAUUGUUGGAUAUUAUUAAGGCGGAAUGCAACUUCAUUCGUUCAAGUGUUUCGAACAUUUCGUUUCGAUCAGUGCAAGCGGUAACAACAUAUCGCGGACGUGUUUUUCCUCUCUGGACGGGGAGUUUAAGAUCGCUAUUAAAUUUUUGAAGAAUAUUUUUGUUUUUGUCAAGCUUCAUAACAAACAAACCAAACAACAACAAAUAUGGGCAAUCCAAUCUGGUUUAUCUUUUGGUUUUUGGUCUUUUGGUUCAUUUCGUUCUUUGUGGCAUUCUUCUGUGCCGCUUUCUACAUCAUUCUGUUGAUCUUUACGACUUGUUUCCCCGCGUUGACGUCAAUAACCGACAUUCUAUUACAAUGUCUCCAAUUCCCCCACUACUGUGCCAAGGCUAUGAUGGAAUGCAGACAACCAUUCUAAAUUAUGAACCAUGUGGAAUCUUCUAAACAAAAUUGAUCAUAAUUUCUUUAAUUUCUAUUCUAAUGUAAAUUGCAUUUUGUUCGUUUAAUUAUUAUUUAUUCAUAACAUUAAAGUACAAUUAAUUAUAAUUACUUUAAAAUAAAUUCCCUUUUUUAUAUGGAAAAUGAAUAACAAAUAAAUAAAUAUAUUUGUUAUAUUUUAUUUGUAA